UCGCAACAGUAUUCUACUCCGACUCCGCACCUGUCACUCACGCUGCCUCCGUGACCUCCUCGCUCCCUCUGCCCCUAUAUACUCCCGUCGCCGAUUGCUCGACACCAUUGUUGUUUCUUCCUCCUUCCGCCAAUCGAUCGUCCCUCUAUAUCAUAUAAUCGUCCAAGUCAGGUCUCCGCGCCGCCGCGCUGGGUGGGGACGUAUCGAAACGAUGGAGGACUUCGUGCUGAGCUACGUGGUGACCGGGCUGGCCUUCUGGUCGACGGCGUUCCUGGUGAUGCGGGCGCUGAUGCCGAAGCGCUCCUACGAGUUCUGCAACCGCGCCGUCUCCACCAUGCACGCCGUCGCCGCCGUCUGCAUGGCCUGCUUCUCCGUCCAGGAGUGGUCGUGCCCCGUCUGCCCCCUCAACGCCCCCUCCUCGCCGCGCCAGAUGAAGUCCCUGGCGGUGACGCUGUCGUACAUGAUCUACGACGCGGCGUGCUGCCACCUCAACGGCGACGUGCGGCUCGACAACACCGUGCACCACCUGGUGAGCAUCGUCGGCAUCGGCGCCGGCCUGGCCUACCAGAGGUGCGGCACGGAGAUGAUGGCCUGCAUGUUCAUCACGGAGAUCUCCAGCCCGCUGCUGCACCUCAGGGAGAUGCUCAAGGAGCUCGGCGUCAAGGACACGGACCUCAACCUCCUCGUCGAUAUUCUGUUUGCGGCGACCUUUUCGGUGGGACGGAUGGUUGGUGGACCGUACCUCACCUACGUGACCUUGACAACAGACUACCCCAUCCUUAUCAAGGCGAUGGCUGCGGGUUUGCAACUGGUGAGCGCCUACUGGUUCUUGAGGAUACUCAGGAUGGUCAGGUACAAGCUCGGGAAGAAGAGGCCGGCGGCGGCGGCGGCCAAGGUCAAUGCCAAGUGAUACAUCCAUGUACAUACACAUCUUGCUUGCAACCUUGAGCAAAUUACUUGCUUUCUGGCGGGAUGAGAUCCAUCGAUCGUUUGUAUGUACAAACAGUGGCGGAGCCAGGAAAAUAUUAUCAGGGGGGCCGAGGCUGUUAGAACUGGUUGGAGAGGACCAAAUCAUUGGAUAGUAGGUUUUUAGCAGCAAAUACUCACUAAUUACCCACUGUUCAUUAGCUAAUUAGCUGCAAAUAUUGGAUGUUAGGGGGGGCCAGGGCCCCUGCUGGUCCCCCCCUGUCUCCGCCACUGUGUACAAAACCCGCCGUGUUUGCCCGAUUCUGGCUAAGAAAAAAGGAUUGUUCAUGUAGCAUAUCAAUUGUUCCACAGGCAAGCAUCUUCCGAACAAAGGAUGCAUAUAUACACACUGUAGCAAUUCAACUCUUGUGCAGAAAUACUUUCCGAGCACUACCGCUUGCCUCCUUACUGUUUGUAGUUGUAGAGGAUUUUAAGCUUCUCUUCUUGCUGCUUACACAGUUGUUAGAUUGGAUUAUUCUUGUUAAUGCCGUUUUGGUGUAUAAUUUGAAUGUGUAGAUUGUACCUGCAUUUUUUAUA